AUGUAUUUCAUCACGAGACUGUCCAUACUCGUCUUCAUCUUGCUCGCUUUUGUCGGCCCUGUUGCCGCCGGGGCCGCCGGGUAUCCUCGCCACCCGUGUCAAGACGUGCCCGACAAUCCCAAAAGAUGGUGCGACGGCUUCGAUGGGCUUGACGUGUCGGGAAAAGACUGGUCUGGACUGAUACCCUUGGAGGCUCUGACCGAGGAAGCUAGACAUGGCCCCAUGCGGUGUUGGGUGGUUGGCCUAGGGCGCAUGGCAUCAAGAGAGUGA